AUGGCCCCCAACAGUCGUCCAGCCGAUCCUCACCUUCCAACACUCGGCGUUGAUUUUGGUGUCCCGCACCCUCGCCCCUCCACUCCCGCCACCGUCAUCUUUCAGCAAAUCUAUAACUCGGUCUUCCGAGGCGAUGGCUGGAAAAUGGCCCUUCCCGCGGCGCUCUUCACGCUGCAAAACUCGCUGCAUUACGUUGCAAUUCUCGCGACUGCCAUCUUCACCGUCACACUUCUUCGCCGACCGAUCGGCAUGAAGCGCUGGCUCGCCCUGAUUCUACUUACCAUGGGCGUUGCGAUCGCCUCGCUCCCCCAAUCCGGCACACCUCUCGAUGACAAGCUACUCUUCCACGACAGCUCGGAUCACUAUUACCCCCGCUCAGCCCACGAGCUAGGCCAGGCUGCUAACGGCGCUGGAGAGGCCAACCACCAUCUCUCGAAGCGCUCGGCCACAUACGAGGGGAUUCAGGACGACGAAUUCGUCGAUACGAUGGUCGCGAGCCUCAACUAUUCCCUCGGCGUCACCGCCGUUCUGGUCGCGGCAACGGCCUCGGCACUUACGGGCGUCUAUUUUGAAAAGGUCCUGAAGGACUCUCCUACCCCUGCCUCCAUAUGGACCCGCAAUGUGCAACUUUCCUUUUACUCGCUCUUCCCAGCUUUCUUCGUGGGCAUCGUGUAUAAGGACGGCGCCGAUAUUGCCCACCACGGCUUCUUCGACGGCUACAACUGGGUUGUGUGGACUGCCAUUGUAUUCCACGCCGUUAACGGCAUUUUGACUUCCUUGGUCAUCAACUAUGCCGACAACAUUGCCAAGACCUUCUCGACUAGCUUCAGUAUCCUCAUUAGCAUUGUCUUUAGUCUUCAGUUCUUCGACUUGACCCUUACGCGUUCGCUCUUCGUUGGCACCGGCCUCGUCCUUGUAGCCACCUAUCUCUAUUCCACGUCUGGUCCUUCCCGUGGUUAUCGAUCCUCUCGCCCUACUCCGAUCCACGUCGCCACCCUGGAGAAAACCACAAUCGACCGCCUCAACACCCCUCGCGCAACCCCCGAUCCUUCCCUCAUCCCAUCAGGGCCAUUUGCGGCGCCCCCAACGUCAUCGCGCGCUACACUUGAUCCCCUCGAUGCCGCUAAAGCUAUCGGCCUCACCACGUCGAGGCCUUCCUCUCCCAUGUUCCCAAGGCCGUCACCUCGCAAGGACCGCGAUGAGUAA